GGAGGGUGAGCUCUGUGAAGGCACAUCACUGAAAUCUCUUCUAUAGAGAGGACACUGAGCCUAGGAACUGCUCUACACUCACUGACCAGACAUCAUGUCUCCUUCCAGCAGCCCUCUACUGCACGGUGCUGACCGCCAACUGACCCACCAACCCAGAAAAUUGAGGAAGCCCGCCAUUGAGAAGAUGCGGAGAGAUCGCAUUAACAGCAGCAUCGAGCAGCUGCGUCUCCUACUGGAGAAAGAGUUCCAGAAACAUCAACUGCCCUCCAAACCGGAGAAGGCCGACAUACUGGAAAUGACGGUCAACAUCCUGCAGCAGCAAAUGGCUGAGAAAAAUGCCUCCAGCUCCAGCCAAGCCCAUAGAGAUGGCUACUCCUCCUGCGUCCAGGACUCUGUGAACUUUCUAUCCCUGCACACACAGACAGAUGUCAAUCUGCGGCUGCUGCAGAACCUCCAUGGGUCUCAGAUGGUGACCGGCGCUCCAUGUCCUUCUGUAUUCCCCGUCUCACAGACCCCCAGCAAGAACAGCCCUCCAGACAGCAGCAAAGCCCUAUGGAGACCCUGGUAGAGACUUGCCUCCAUUUCUCAGGACUUGUGGGCUGUGUACAUUGGGUUGGGUGAACAAGGGGCAUACAAUGCUUCCAAUAGCACUCAGGGGGUCUGACCCCAUCACUGUAUCUUAUCACAUUGAUAGAGAGUAAGGUUAUAUUUAACGUAAUCAUAAAAUGAUCUUAUACGCCUUUAUAUUUUAUGCUGGGAUCAGAUCUUAGCUCUGUUGUAUUCCUAUAAGGAAUUAGCUGUUUAUGUAUUUCUCUAUCUAUCUGCUUUAUUGUAAAGCUGGACGGUACGAUUAAUAUUCAGUCUAAGUAUUAUAUUGUUAGUGCGAGGUUUCCAAUAUGGAACAUGUAAUAUAUUGCAUAUGUAUGCAUGUUUACCCUAAGGGUACAGAGUAAUUAUUAUAAUUAUUCAGUUGGUCCAAUGGCAUGGUGUCUACAGCAACCAAUCAAAGUGCAGCUAUCAUUUUUUUUAAGGAAUUGAUUCAAAAUGUAAGCACCUGGUUGCCGCAGGUAAACACCAAGUCCAUUUUUAAUCAGUAUUGAUUGUGUUUUAUAUUAAAACCAAAGUAAAUGUCACAUACAGUAUACUAAGUAUACUAAGAUACAAAGGGGGUCGAUGUACUAAAGGCAAAUAGACUGUGUACUUUGCGCAGUGUACUGAGCAGUUGCUUCAGAUCUUAGUAAAUGAGCAGACGACCCGCUGACCUUUAUCAUCCAAUCACAUGCAAGAAAAAAUGCUGUUUUUUUUU